UGUUUAGAGACACUCCCGAACAGAUGCUUUCUCAAUCUACUAACUUUAUUUAGCUGGUUUCAUCGGUUGAACGCAGUGAAUGGAAGUUCAUGGAACUGAAUGGAACAUAAAUCAGAAAGCGUCACUUCACAUCUGGUUAAAAACAUCUGUGAAGAUGAGCGCGAGGGCGAGCCAGAGAGACCAGGAACAGUGAACGAAACUUCGGGACUAUGGCCCAGGUCACUUGUGCGGACAUGGACUCUGAUGCUAUUGUUGGUUACCUGUCUUCUCUAUUGGGCACGAAUGGCUGUGCCAGUUUGUGCAGCGUCUAUGGCGAUGCAAUUUGGAUGGAACAAAAUGGAGUCUGGAUUGGUGCUGGGCGUCUUUUAUUGGGGCUAUUGCUUCACACAAGUGUUAGGAGGCCAUGCCAGUGAUAAAAUUGGUGGAGAGAUAGUCCUGAUCAUUUCCACAAUUUCCUGGGCAGUUAUGACAGGACUAACUACUCUUCUGGUCAACAUGGGAUUCCCAUCACUCAUUACCAUCAUGGUAGGCAGGUUCAUGAUGGGUGUGCUGCAAGGUGUGCACUAUCCCUCUCUAAACAGCAUCUGUGCACAGCGUGUGGCUGAGGGAGAGAGGGGUUUUUUGAUGAGUACAUUAGGCUGUGGCAGCUACCUGGGUAUGCUGAUGGUGGGAGGACUGGGAUCUAUCAUGCUGGAGUGGUAUGGCUGGGAAAUUGUGUUAUAUGGACCUUGUUUCCUCUCCAUACUAUGGGCCUGCUGUGUAUGGAGAUGGCUACUCAGAGGACCAACAGACACAUUUAAUUCUUUAUGGAGAAACUCUGGUGCUACAUUUCAAGCACCAAUUUCACAGACAUGUUGGUAUCAUCUUUUAAAGCAGCCCAGUGUGUGGGCUGUAAUUAUUGCACAUCUUUGCCACAGCAGUACACAUUUCACACUUCUGUCAUGGCUACCAACAUUCUUCAAAGAGACAUAUCCUCAUUCAAAGGACUGGGUGUUUAAUGUGAUCCCCUGGCUUGUGGCCCUGCCUUUGUCAUUGCUUGGAGGCUGUUUGUCAGACCAUCUCAUCAAAGAAGGGUUUGGUACAGCUACAGUCAGAAAAUUAAUGCAGUUCUGCUCAAUGGGACUUGGCAGCAUGUUCAUUUAUAUGUUGUGUAAGGCUACCACAUUUCUCCAUGCUGUGGUCUUUGUCACAGCAGCCGUUGGCCUUUCCACCUUCAAUAGCAGUGGUGUGUCUGUGAAUGUGCAUGAUUUAGCCCCAUCGUGUGCUGGAGCUCUCUUUGGUAUUAUGAACACUUGUGCUGCAUUCACAAGUCUAUUAAUGGUUUACAUCUCAGGAUACCUGAUCGAGGUCACUGGGUCCUGGAUGACUGUAUUCGGCCAGCUAAUUUUGGUGAAUUUUUUUGGGGUAUUCGUGUUUAUUAUAUUUGGUGAAGCAAAGCAACUGGACCAAGUAGAUCAGUCUCCUGUGACAUGCAUCUAAAUAAACCGUUGUCAUUUUACUAAGAAAUGUCUACGGUUUCAUACAUUUUCCAAAGGCUUUAAAUAGUGAAAAUGAACUUGCACAUUUUUACGAUUCAUUUGUACAGUUGAUGUGAAUCUAACAUAAAAUGUAUAAAUUAUGUUUUUGGAUAUUUGCAUAAUGAGUAUAUUUGUAUAUUUAUUGUAAGUGUAUUUAGGUUUAAGGUUUAGGUUUAUUGUAAGUGUAUUGGGGGGGGGGGGUGUCACGGUGGCUUAGUGGUUAGCACAUUUGCCUCACAGCUCCAGGGUUGGGGGUUCGAUUCCCGCCUCCA